AUGCGCCUCUCCAAUGGUCUCUCCAGCCGCCAAUCUGUCAGGUGGAGGAAGAAAAUUGUCCAAAUGAGUGACGUGUAUGGCUUACAUGCAGCUUAUAGUGCGCAAAGGCCUCAUGCGCCUCCGCAUCAGAAGGGAUUUCCAGCCGCCACCCGUGGCACCCCUAUGAUCCAGCAGCUGGAGGACGGCGAUGUCUCGUGCGUCCUCCUCUCCAAACUUGUCAAGCUUGUCUACACAUUCGAUAAGCUCAAAGACGCGAAAGGCUUUAGCAUCGUAUUCAGUGAGACCGACGCUGAUCAGUUCACGUUCGUCUUCGCCAACUGCCUCCAGAGCCAGCUCUCGGUCUCCAUGGACGUCAGGUCGGCGAUGUACAAUCUUGACGGAGCAUACAGUAGCCGGGACUACCUUCCCGCUGGGAAGACCAUUCUCCCGACGAUUUACUUCCUCUUUUCUCUGGUCUAUUUCCCUCUCGCCGGCCUUUGGGUCUCCGUUCUGUACAAGAAGCGGUUGACAAUGUUCGGUAUUCAUUUCUUCAUGCUUGCCGUUCUGAUCCUCAAAUUUUUGAAUCUGCUCUGCGAAGCCGAGGAAAAAUCGUUCAUCAAGCGCACCGGUAGCGUGCAUGGAUGGGACGUGUUGUUCUAUAUAUUCAGUUUCUUGAACGGAAUUGCGCUCUUUACUCUCAUUGUUCUGCUCGGCACGGGCUGGUCGUUUUUGAAGCCCUAUUUGCAGGACAAGGAGAAGAAGGUCUUGAUGAUUGUGAUCUCGCUUCAGGUCGUGGCGAACAUUGCUCAAGUCGGUAUCGACAAGAGCGGGCCGUUCGGGCAGGAUUGGGUCACCUGGAAGCAGGUGUUCUUGCUGGUCGAUGUGGUUUGCUGCUGCGCGGUGUUGUUCCCUAUCGUGUGGUCGAUCAAGAACCUGCGCAAGGAGGCGAGGACCGACGGCAAGGCGACGGCGGUUAAUUUGACCUUGUUUAGGCAGUAUUUCGUCGUGGUGAUUUGCUACAUUUGUUUUACCCGCGUGGUGGUGUUUGCACUAGAGACUAUCACUUCGUACCGGUAUCUUUGGACGAUUGUCUUGGCUGCGGAGUUGGCGACGCUGGCGUUCUAUGUGUUCACCGGGUACAAGUUCAAACCCGAGGCACACAACCCGUACUUUGUGGUCGAUGAUGAGGAGGUGGCAGCAGCUGAUCAGGCGCUGAAGCUUGAGGAUGAGUUCAAAUUGUGAGCGUUAACAAGGAAGAUUUUUGGAGCUGGAGCAGUAAUCAAAUUGGGGAGUUGAGGUA